GCACACUUCAUGUUCGCGACUUUUGGACUGGUCGUCAAUCUUAUUGUCUCGAGUAUGUUACUCCUUGGUGGCAGUGCAGUUGUCAAUGCCAUCACUGGGAUGAACAUUCAUGCCGCCAGCUUCCUCAUUCCGCUUGGAGUCUGUAUCUAUGUCAUCCUUGGGGGUCUUCGCGCCACGUUCAAGCUCCGAUGGUGCUUAGCGGGCAUCAUUGCGACAGAUACAAAAACAGUUGAGACACGCAUUGUGGUUCUGAAGGACUGGGAACUUGGAGGAAAAUAUUUCUGAGUUUGAUUGAAGGCGAACCGUACUUGUUUGAUGUCUUUUCGCGACAAGCUUACAG